CCAAACGUGUAGAUAACCGCUAGUUAUCAAACUCGCUAAAUGUCUUAAGAUAGCUGACCUUUUCUAUCUUACAGAGUUUUUUGCCUUUAAUAGCUAACCUGGUAAAUACUACAUGUGUGUCCCAGCCUUAAUACUGAAUAUAUACUAGUGACUAUUUGUAUAGCUAGCACGCUAAUCAAGAUAUCCUGGUUAUCUUAAAGCUAGCAGUUAUCUUAGCUUGCUAUCGCUAGCUCGGUCGCUACAUAACCGCUAGCUGGCGAGUUUCGAGACCCGUAGUGUUAAGUAGAGUUAGCUAACCUAGCUAAAUAUCGUGCGGUUGGAGGGCCGUGGUUUCCACUUCGAUAUGGUUUCUGUAAUGGUGUAAUGCACGUUUAUUGAGAAAGGUAGCUGGCUAGCUAGCUAAUUAAUCAGAUUAGGUUUGCUAUCUAGUGAUCUUGCUAGCAAGACAACCAGCUAGCCUAGCUAGCCAAACCCAUCAUUCUAGCAAAAACGAUUCUUCAUAAGAUUGUUUGUAACGCCUGGUCAUCUUUUAUAAUAUAUUCUGUUCUUAUGUGUAAUGAAAUCAGUUAUUCCAAGAGGGUAAGCAAAGGCACUAAGCUGUCUGUUUAGAUGGCUGGCCAAGAUGGCUAGUGAAUAUAGCUAACAAGGAGAAAGGACCCCAUUUGAUGGGCAAAUCCUCUUUCCUGAACUCCUGGGGCAAACUGUGAGUGGUUAUCAUGGACGAGCAGGAGGUUCUAAACUCGAUCAUGCAGGACCUGGUCGUACUGCAUCGCUCAAGCCGGCCUGCCAUGUCUCUGUCAGAUCUGGGCAAACCUAAAGCCUCGUCUCCCAAGAACCAGAAUGAUGUCCGGGUGAAGUUUGACUACAAGGGGGAGAAGAGGAUCCUGCUUUUUCCACGGCCUGUCUGCCUAGAUGACCUGAGCUCCAAGGCUAAAGUGGCAUUCGGGCAGACCAUGGACCUGCACUACACCAAUAAUGAGUUGGUCAUUCCCCUUCACACUCAGGAUGAUCUGGACAAGGCUGUGGAGCUCCUCGAUCGCUCUGUCUACAUGAAGAGUCUGAAGAUCCUACUGGUGCUGUCUGCGUCCUCUCAGAACUCUGUCUCCAGUAUGGACCUCCUGCAGGCUCACGAAAACCUGGACAACCAUAACCAAAGGAGGAUGUUGGCUCUUGUAGGCUCCCAGUCCACAGACCGCAGCUCUCCUCCUCCAGGGUACAUCCCCGAUGCACUGCAGCAGGUAGCCAGAAAUGGCUCCUUCACCAGCAUCAACAGUGAGGGGGAGUUUAUACCUGAGAGCAUGGACCAGAUGCUGGACCCGCUGUCUAUGAGCAGCCCUGAGAAUUCUGCCUCGGGCAGUUGUCCUUCUCUGGAUAGCCCUCUCGACAGUGAUAGCUAUCCUAAAUCCCGCAUGCCACGAGCCCAGAGUUACCCAGACAACCAUCAGGAGUUUCCUGAGUGUGACAUCCCAGUGUUUGAGAGGUCAGGGAAAGGUGGCACGUAUCCACGGAGAUAUCAUGUCUCAUUUGGUCUGCAGGACUACAGUGAUGGGCGAAAGACGUUCCCGCGGGCACGUCGGGCGCAGGGCCACGGCUUCCGCUCGCCAGUGAGCUUCAGCCCCACGGAGCAGAGCCCCAGUACCAGCAGUGGCAGCAGCGUCUUCACGGCUGAACCAGAGGAACCGGGCCGACGCCGGCGUGGCAGCGACAUCGAGCCCAGCCCCAGCGCCAACCCCGGCACCAACCCCACCCUCCACGUUAUGGACAUCAGCCCGCCCAGCCGCUCUCCACGUGCCCCCACUAACUGGCGUCUGGGGAAGUUGCUGGGACAGGGGGCGUUUGGCCGGGUCUUCCUCUGCUACGAUGCGGACACGGGCAGAGAGCUCGCCGUCAAGCAGGUCCAGUUUGAUCCGGACAGCCCUGAGACCAGCAAGGAGGUCAGUGCUUUGGAGUGUGAGAUUCAGCUUCUGAAGAAUCUUUUCCAUGAGCGCAUAGUCCAGUACUAUGGCUGUCUCCGUGACACACACGAGCGCACACUCUCCAUCUUCAUGGAGUAUAUGCCUGGGGGCUCCAUAAAGGACCAGUUGAAAUCGUAUGGUGCGCUGACAGAAAACGUCACGCGUAAAUACACACGGCAGAUUCUGGAAGGAGUGUGUUACCUGCACAGCAACAUGAUUGUACAUAGAGAUAUCAAAGGUGCCAACAUUCUGAGGGACUCGGUGGGCAACAUCAAGCUCGGAGACUUUGGGGCGAGUCGCCGCCUGCAGACCAUCUGUCUGUCCGGGACGGGGAUGAAGUCUGUGACGGGGACACCCUACUGGAUGAGCCCGGAGGUGAUCAGCGGAGAGGGCUAUGGAAGAAAAGCCGAUAUCUGGAGUGUUGGCUGCACCGUGGUGGAAAUGCUGACUCAGCGACCGCCCUGGGCCGAGUACGAGGCGAUGGCGGCCAUCUUUAAGAUCGCCACCCAGCCCACCAAUCCUGCGCUCCCAGUGCACGUGUCCGACCACUGCCGCGACUUCCUUAAACGGAUUUUUGUGGAAACAAAACAGCGCCCGGCUGCUGAGGAUUUGCUACGGCACGUCUUUGUUCACUAACCCAUCCUCCAAUCGCUGACGAAUCAGAGACAAACCCUAAGUGUCUAUAGGCUCCGCCCCUUUUCUAGACUCCUCCCAGCCUGCCGAAGAGAAACCCAUUGGACCAGAUUGUGGGUGGGGCUUAGCAGGAGGCCCGUAAGGCCUGUUUAUUGCCUCUAUUGGUGGAGGACAGCAGUGGGGAGCAGCUUGAUUCUGUAUGAAAACAUUGCACCUUAAUUUCACUCUGGGGUAAACACCCCUAACGACUAAAGAACAUUCGUUUUGUUUGUAGAAGGUUUUUUUUUUUUCCGUUGUUUGACUUCUUUCCUGCAAUUGUUGUGUAGGAGCCUAAGCUCUGGGGUGUCUAGUUGGGUUCUAGACUUGCUGGAUGUAUCUGAGAAGCUCUCUGGUCCUGACCCGUCACAGAAUGGUACCAACAACCCCCGGGGCUGAUAUGUUAUCAAGCUGCUAAAGACAAAAUGAUGGGGAAACGUUAAAAAAAAACAAAAAAAACAAAGACCAGAUCGCAGGAGUUUGGGGACUCUCCAACCUAACCCGCUUUGCUCCCCUAAGUUCUCAUUUUCUUGCACAGUUGCUGUAGUGUGUACACACACACACACACACACACACACACACACACACACACACACACACACUAUCGAAGGGAACUAUACUGUAGUAUAUAUCUCACUAUGCUGUAUAAACAUUAGUUUGCUGUACUUCUCCCACUCUUUACUCAUCCACCGUCUCACACUGUAGACUGGCAGGAUUCCGAUGCCUUUUUUUGUUUUCUCUCCCACAAAAUCCUUGUUUUUAUUGUGUGCCUUCUUUUGCAACUUUAGUCUUUUGUCCUCUGUAUGGUAGAUGUCCAGUGUGUGCCACCACGGCCAAGUGACCGUGCUCCUACGAAACUUCAGUAUCGCUACACCCGAGUCUUUGCCUUCUCUCACUCCUCUAAAUCGAACAGAGUCCAGGUCCUCAAGCGCAUCUUUGCCUUUCUGCAACACAGUGCCGUAGUCUUCAGGCUGAACUGAGGUCAGCUCCGAAACAGGUUGAAUAUCAACAAUUUCACCAAAGCCAAAAACCCAAGACGUUGGUGCCUAGCAGCCGCUUAGAGUAGUGUCACUGAUGGCAGUGCCAAUCCUCCCUUUAACUUUCUAAAUGGGAGAUGAACUCGAUACACACGAGGCUUGUGUAGGUUGCCAUGGUUGAGUGGCACUAUACCCAUGUGCUUCUCAUGGCCAUAUGCAGUGCCACAUGCUUUAAAUGGACGUAUUUUGGAAGGAAACAAAACUCGGUAGUAUUUUAUUUACAUAUAUAUAUAUAUAUAUACACACACACACUAUAUAAAAGUUUUUUCUGCCACUCUCCCCUCUAUUGCCAGUACUAUAACAUCAGAGGAUAAAAUGGUAUUUCAUUUUUCAGUAUUUCCUUUCGCUUAUACUAUAGAGCACACCUCAGAAUGUCCACAGUGAUUUGGCCUUGUACCAGUAAUUGGCAAUAAUUUGUUUUGAAAUUGAUCUCGUGUGUUUUUUUUGUUUGUUUGUUUUUCAACACUUCACAUCUUUCUCUUUCUCUCUCUCUCACACUCUAUCACACACUCUCAUACACGCACACACACUUGCAACUUAUUCUUUAGCCCCCCCCAGCCUUUUAUCGUUUAUUUUAGAAAGUCAGUACUGCUUCAACAGCUGUAAAUUGGUACUAAAUAUCAGGUUAGAAAUGUAUGUUCCUUUCUCACAGUACAACAAAAACUAAUUUCAUGUUGAUUCCAACUUUUUGGCUCUACCUCCUCUUGACUCUUCUAACGUCCCAGGUACUGGUGUAAAGGCCUGUUUCUAAGGGGGUUGGCCAAAUGGCACCCUGACGAGUCCACCAUGUUAAAAGGAACCAAAACAGUCACAUGAAAAUGUUGUGCACACUCAAGUUUCUGAAUGAUGUCCAAAUCUUGUGUGGUGUUGGAAUAGAGUGGCACUGAAUCUGAUUGAUUGGUCUGCAGUUCAACGAUGGCAGGGUAAAAAGCAUGAGUGACAGCACUUUGGACAAAUGUCUGCUGGCAGUGUUCAUUUUUUUAUUUUGCAUGCGUGUUGUGCUUUUUAAUACUUGUCAAAGGGAAAAUGUGUUUCCUUUUUCCUGCAAAGGAAGGCUGCGGCCAUUUGGGUAGUUUGAGGCUAUUCUGGCAUGGUACUUUGCUGGCUGAGGUUUGGCCAAUCUUUUGGUAGUUUUUUAAAAUUAAAUUUAAGGUACUCUAGUUGUUUGGACAGUAAUGCAAACAGGCUGUUUUUGAAGCCACACAAAAGAGAUGUAACCCACAUUGGUAGUGAGAUAGUGAAAUCCAAUUGUAAUGAUGAGUGGAUUUUUACUGAAUGGGGAGUCCUUUCUGACUACUGCUGAGAGCUGGUUUUUAGUAGUUUGAUGUAGUUGGCACUGUGUACGAGUGACUGCCCAGAUACACUGAGGGCCAGCAAACUUGAUGAAAUACAUUUUCUACCAAGAGGUGGCACUGCAGCUCUGCAAUGUCAGGCACCACAGACAGACAGCACUGGAAUGUCUGUCUGGACACACUGACAAUGUUUACAGUUUUUGUACUCCAGGUCCUGAAGAUAAUGUGUGGUUUACUGUUAUUAACAGAAAGCCUCUACUCAGUUUAGUGCCAGUAAUUCAGUGGCCUCUCUCAGCCAGUUUAAUACAAGAACCUGUACAAGACAAUGGCUCUCAAAUUGCCCCCUGGACCAGUAGCCAUUGGUAUAUUCCAGAUGCCUGGCAAUACAAGCUCCUGUACAAGACAAAGGCUCUCAAAUUGCUCCCUGGACCAGUAGCCAUUGGUAUAUUCCAGAUGCCUGGCACACAGUUUGCCAACCCAGAGCACUUUUCUCUCAGUAUCUUUUACUUCCUUAGAUAAUGAAUGCUAUAUUAUGUUGCAGUCAGCUGGAAAAAACAAAACAAAACGGAUUGGCCAUUUUCACAAUUGUCCCUCCGUGUUGUCUGGCUGUUUAUCUCCGAUGAGCCAGUUUGUGUCAAAAGGUCAAAAGUCGGCCAAUGCUGAACUGUAACUCAGAAUCUGAGAAUACUCCUGUUUGUUAGCAGAGGUCUAAGUGCCAGUUCUCAAAAACAUUAGAACUUCACUUUUUCCGUUUUCAUAUAACUUGAUCAGAAAGGGAAAAACAGCAUUAUUUGGUGUUAGCUUACGUGGUGUACAGACUUACUCCAAGGUGAGUAUAGGCGUUUGUAUUGUAUGUAAACUUGUUUGUCCUUUCGAUGUUGAACUUUUUGCACAUUUUGGAGACCAUAAUUUGUACACUGAUUUUAAUACUUUUGCCAAUGAAUGUUUGCUGCGUGUGCGUGUGCUUGAUUGUGUGCAUGUGUCUCUCUGUGUAUGCUUUUAUCUGUAUUCACAAAAAUGAUAGUAGUGAUCCUCUGAUAUGAUGUGGAAGGAAGCCCUGCAGGAAUGUAAUGCCUGAUUUUCACCACUAUGUGGCACAAUUUAUGUAUUUGCCCAUACUUCUACAUUCUAGCAUCUCUUUCCAAAACGUAACUCACAUUUUCUUUGAAACCUGUAGGGCUGAAUCAGACUCCCUGUUGCUUGUGUGUUCGUCCACCCCUGAGAUGCUCUAAUGCUCUGGUCCUUAAAUCCUGUUGAGCUUCACAGUAGUUGUACUAACAUGCUGGGCUUUACGGUGAGCUCUUUUGUGCCAGAGCAGCCUCCCAUGAAUGGUGUGUGUGUGUGUGUGUGUGUGUGUGUGUGUGUGGUGUGUGUGUGUGUGUGUGGUGUGUGUGGGGGUGUGUGUGCGCGCGCGCGCGUUUUGGUGUGAGUGAAGCCUUUUUCUGACUGAGUGCCGUGUGUUGCCAGCGCAAAGGUCACCGCAACAGGUGUGGUUUUGCGCUUUUUGGACUGUACAAGUGGAAAAAGAAAUUUAAAACCUACCAAAAAAGAGAAGAAAAAAACAAACAAAGAUUUUCUCUUUUUUGAAUGAGUACAAUUAUCUCGUCUGCUUUCUCUAUGGUACAAGAAAGCCAUGUUUAUAAUAAAUUUGGUUUGUGACCAAUAAGCCUGUUUAUAUCAAAUCUGUAUAUCAGUGCUACGCAUAUUUUUUUUAUAUAUAUAUUUUUAUUUUUUCCUGUCUUUUUUUUUUUUUGUUGUUUGUUUUUUUUUUUACGCAAGAUUUUAUGCAUGAAUGGCCCAAUGUGGUUGAGUGCCUGCUGACGAGCAGAGCUGAUUGGAGGGUUUUAACAUCAUGAGAUUGCCUGUAAUGGCUGGCACUUUGUAUGGUGUUGCUAAUAAUUAUGAUAAUGAGAAGAAUAAAAAAAUAUUUAUUUCAUGUU